AUUUCGGGUCGCGCUGAUGCGGAAACCAAGCGCACAAAGCUAGCCCAAAUUGAACGGCAUCGCGGUGAAGUCACUAUAGAUAAUUAGCUUGUGUAGCGUUCGCGUUGCUAAUCUGUUAGCAUCUUGAUAUAUGUGAUUGAAAUAGGGACAUUUUAAAAGACAAUAAACAUGUCUGGCAGCGCAGGGGAAUGGUGUCUGAUGGAGAGUGACCCUGGGGUGUUCACGGAGCUUAUCAAAGGUUUUGGUUGCAAAGGAGCCCAAGUUGAAGAGAUUUGGAGUAUGGAGCCGGAGAAUUUUGAGAACUUAAAACCAGUUCAUGGCUUGAUUUUUCUGUUCAAAUGGCAACCCGGAGAAGAGCCAGCCGGAUCAAUUGUUCAGGACUCAAGGCUAGACCAUAUCUUUUUUGCCAAACAGGUCAUCAAUAAUGCUUGUGCGACCCAGGCCAUAGUCAGUGUCCUGCUCAACUGCUCCCAUUCCGACAUCGUGCUGGGCGACACACUGUCAGAGUUCCGAGAGUUUUCCCAAAGUUUUGAUGCAGCUAUGAAAGGUUUGGCUCUCAGCAAUUCAGAGGUGAUUCGGCAGGUUCACAACAGCUUUGCCAGGCAGCAGAUGUUUGAAUUUGAUGCAAAAUCUUCAGCUAAGGACGAAGACGCCUUCCACUUUGUCAGCUAUGUUCCUGUAAACGGCAGACUGUACGAGCUGGAUGGACUUCGAGAGGGACCGAUUGAUUUGGGCGCAUGCAACCAAGAUGACUGGAUCAAUGCAGUUCGACCAGUGAUUGAGAAGAGAAUACAAAAGUACAGUGAAGGUGAAAUCAGGUUCAACCUAAUGUCGAUUGUGUCUGACAGAAAGAUGAUUUAUGAGAAGAAAAUUGCAGAACUUCAGGCACAGCUGACUGAGGAUGAGCCAAUGGACACAGACCAGAGCAGUUCCUUCCUAAGCUCCAUCCAGUCAGAAAUUGCCAAGUACCAGCUCCUCAUUGAGGAAGAAAAUCAGAAACUUAAAAGAUAUAAGAUUGAAAAUAUUCGACGGAAGCACAAUUACCUCCCUUUUAUCAUGGAGUUGCUGAAAACACUGGCAGAAUACCAGCAAUUAAUGCCAUUGGUAGAGAAGGCAAAGGAGAAACAAAGUGCUAAAAAAGCUCAAGAGGCAAAGUGAACGAGAGACGCCACCAAGAGAAGCUUGUGAUCCCACGCAGAAACGCACGAAGAACGGCAGUCCCCUUCACUGAGCAGCGUAAUCCUGUUUGACAGCAGCUAUGACAGCCAUGUGGGCGUCGCUCUCACACCAUGCAGCCACAGCGAACUGCACAGACUGCCCAGCAUAAAUUAUCAUUGUCACCAUGUGUGUUCAUCAGCUGUAAUGCAUGAUUGAAGGAAAAUUGUACCAUGUUCUGUCCUAUUUUCAUAAUAAAAACGUCCUAAUGUUUGUGAA